AUGUCAUCAGAAAUGAAGAAAGAAAAAAUUGAUUCCAAAGAAGAAGAAGCAGCCGUAAAAGAAAUAUGGAAAUAUGUUUUGGGUUUCACUCCAAUGGCUAUUGUUAAGUGUGCCAUUGAGCUCAGGAUACCCGAUAUUCUCCAAAAACAUGACACCCCGAUGACACUUGCCGAGCUUGCAUCCGAGCUCGGGUGUUCAUCAUCAUCGUUAUAUAGAAUCAUGAGGCAUGGAAAGCAAAGCAUGGCCGAUUUUGUGCUUUUAGAGAGCAGUCCAGUCAUGUUAGCACCAUGGCACAAGCUAAGUGCUAUGGUUUUGGGCAGCCAAAACACGCCUUUUGAGGCAGCACAUGGUGUUGAUCUAUGGAAAUUUGCAUCCGCAAAUUCUAGUCAUAGUAAGCUCAUUAACGAUGCCAUGGCUUGUGAUGCUCGGAAUGCCGUGAGGGCGGUGAUCGGGGGUUGUCCGGAGGUGUUUGAGGGGCUGAAGACGGUGGUGGAUGUUGGUGGUGGUGAUGGAACGGCUCUAGGAUUGAUUGUUGAGGGUUGUCCAUGGAUCAAAGGGAUUAAUUUCGAUCUGCCUCAUGUGGUGUCAGUGGCUCCUGCAUGGAAAGGUGUACAACACGUAGGAGGCAGCAUGUUUGAUCAUAUUCCUAAAGCUGACGCUGCUUAUUUGAUGAAAGUAUUGCACGACUGGGGAGACGACGAAUGCAUUGACAUACUAAGAAAAUGUCGAGAGGCUAUUCCUAAAGAUACAGGGAAGGUGAUCAUCGUAGAGUCAAUUGUUGGACUUGAAGAAAACCAUGAGUAUGAAGAUGUGGUAUUGAUGCUUGACAUGGUGAUGAUAGCUCAUACAAGCACCGGUAAAGAACGAACUUUAAAAGAGUGGUCAUGUUUGUUUGAUGAUGCUGGAUUCACUCGUUACACUAUAAAACAAAUUAGAAGCUUUCAUUCUGUUAUUGAAGUUUAUCCUUGA